AUGUCUGGCAAACUAGGCACGAUGAUCGAACACGAACAAACUGCCACAGCCCCCGCGCCGGGCAAGUUUGUCCCCCAGCGCACGUUUGGCACGGCCGCCGAGCGCGCCCGUCGCAAUAUCAACGCCAAACUCUCCAAUCCGCUUGCUGGUUUCAGUCAUGCCGAUCUCAGGAAGCAGGGCCGCAACUUUGCCAUCGCCCACGAAAUUGGUGAUGAGUCGGACAUCCGUGCCUUUGAGCUGGGUGCCGUGCUGGCCCAGUCCCCCGAGCGCUACGCCACCGUUGCUGGAUUGACUACCCAGGAAAAAGAGGUGCUGCGGCGCGAGUUUGCGCAUCGCUGGUCGCAGCCUUGGACGAUGUAUGCGGUCAUUGCGCUGUGUUCGCUAUCAGCGGCCGUUCAGGGAAUGGAUGAGACCGUGGUCAACGGAGCCCAGAUCUGGUACAAGCAUCAGUUCGGCAUCGCUGAUGACAGCCCAAGGAGUACCUGGCUGGUGGGACUGGUAAACUCGGCACCAUAUCUGUGCUGCGCUGUCGUCGGGUCCUGGCUGACAGUCCCGUUCAAUCACUGGUUCGGCCGCCGUGGCACCAUCUUCCUGACCUGCUGCUUUUCAGCAAUUGCCUGUCUAUGGCAAGGGUUCGUGUCGACAUGGUGGGCCAUGUUCGUGGCACGGUUCGCGCUGGGGUUCGGGAUCGGCCCUAAAUCAGCCACGGUUCCCAUCUACGCGGCCGAAACGGCGCCGCCGGCCAUCCGCGGUGCCUUGGUCAUGCAGUGGCAGAUGUGGACGGCAUUCGGGAUCAUGCUCGGCUACGCGGCUGACCUGAUGUUUUUCAAGGUCGCCGACACUCCCGCCAUAGUUGGUCUCAACUGGCGCUGCAUGAUGGCCUCGGCCAUGUUUCCGGCCCUCGUGGUGUGCUGCUUUGUCUUUGCGUGCCCCGAGUCGCCGCGCUGGUACAUGAGCCAGAAGCAAUACUACCGCGCCUACCAGUCCAUGUGCACCUUGCGUCACCACAAGAUGCAGGCUGCCCGCGACCUCUACUACAUGCAUACUCUGCUCGAGGCGGAGAACAGCAUGAAGCUCGGCCAGAACAAGCUGCUGGAGUUGAUCACUGUGCCGCGGAACCGCCGCGCCAUGCUGGCAUCGGAGAUUGUCAUGUUUACACAGCAGUUCUGCGGCGUCAACGUCAUUGCCUACUAUUCCUCAGAGAUCUUCCUCGAAGCAAACUUCUCUCCCGCCGCAGCACUGGGAGCCUCCCUCGGCUGGGGCAUGAUCAACUGGCUGUUCGCAAUCCCAGCCAUCUACACGAUCGACACGUUCGGACGACGGAACCUGCUCCUAUGCACAUUCCCGCUGCUGGCACUGUCGAUGUUCUUCACGGGGUUCAGCUUCUGGAUCCCCGAAGAGACCAGCCACACAGCGCGCAUCGCCUGCAUCGCCCUGGGCACAUACCUUUUCGGCAUCGUAUACUCACCAGGCGAAGGUCCUGUGCCCUUCACAUACUCGGCCGAGGCAUACCCGUUGUACGUGCGGUCGUACGGCAUGGCGCUGGCGACGGCAACCACCUGGUUCUUCAAUUUCCUUCUCGGUGUCACCUGGCCCUCGCUGCGCAGCGCUUUCACUGCCCAGGGCGGCUUUGCGUGGUACGGCAGUUGGAACCUUGUCGGGUGGUGGCUGGUGCUCCUGUUUCUGCCCGAGACCAAGGGCAAGACCCUCGAGGAGCUAGAUCAGGUGUUUUCGGUCUCGACGUGCUUUCAUGCCCAGUAUGGGUUGCGCCAGAUUCCGUAUUGUGUUAAGCGUUACCUCCUGCGCCGUGAUGUCCGGCCUGAGACUCUGUGGGAGCGCGAGGAUGCAGCUCCGGCGCAGGAUCUGGGCUACAAUGCUUGA